AUGGCCUCAAAGGAAUGCUUGAAAUCCAAACAUGAAACAUGGCCGAAGAAACUCCACCCCAAGAAUCCCACUAUUGCAGCAGCGGCACCGACGGUGAUCAACUCUGACUCACCUACUGGUUUAGAGCCUUUCCCUUCUCAGCCAGCCAUACCAUCUCAUAUAGCAGCUGAAAAUGAAGAGAAGACACCGCGGCCUCUGAGUUGCAGCCGGAGUCGGAUGGAGAAAAAAGAGAUGGGAGCACCACCAGAACUAGUGCUCAAGAAGCUAGGAGGAAGUUCUAGGGUUAUUGGUGCUACAUUCUUUGUUUUGCUCCUUGUGGAUUUAGCUUUCGUUGCUAGGUCAUUUAGUGGUGGUGGAGGAGGAGGAAGUGGUGGAGGUGGAGGUGGCGGAGGGGAUGGUGCCUCAAGUUCUGGAUUUGGUUUAGGGUAUGGUUCCGGGAGUGGCUCCGGAUAUGGUUUGGGAGCUAGUGGUCUUGGAGAAGGUGGAGGUGGAGGUGGGGGAGAGGGUGAAGGAGGCGGUGGUGGUAGGGGUGAAGGAUCAGGGUAUGGGUCAGGAUCUAGAUCGGGGUAUGGGUCUGGGUAUGGGUCAGGAUCCGGAUCGGGGUAUGGGUCUGGUGGUGGCAUAGGAAGUGGUGGAGAAGGUAGAGGUGGUAGCGGAGGUGGUGACGGCAGAGGUGGUGGCAGUGGAAAAGGGUCUGGAUCCAGAUAUGGAAGUGGGUCUGGAUCCGGAUACGGAAGUGGAGUUGGUGGUGGCAACGGUGGAGGAAGAGGUGGUGGCAGUGGCGGUGGUGGAGGUGGUGGCAGUGUAGGAGGGUCGGGAUAUGGGUCCGGAUCCGGAUACGAAAGUGGGUCUGGAUAUGGAAGUGGAAGUGGAAGUGGUAGCAGUGAAGAAGGAGGCGGAGGUGGUGGCAGUAGAGGUGGAGGAGGUAGAGGCAGUGGUUCGGGCCAAGGAUCAGGCUAUGAAAGUGGUUCAGGUUAUGGGUCCGGGUAUGGUAACGGUGGAGGGUGA